AUGAUGGAAAAAUGCUUUUCAGACAUAUUUCUUUGGCUUUAUUCUCUAUUCAUUUUUCUCUUCUUUUUCUUGAAUUUUUUUCUUUCUUUCCUGUUACUCUUAUUUAACUUUUUUUGGUAUUCUUUCUUUUUUCCCUCCUUCUUUCGUUUUUUCUUUCAUACAUUCAUUCAUUCAUAUAUUUGCUUUUUCAUCUUUUACAAAUGUAUUUCUUUCGUUCUCGGAUUCAUUCAUCUUUUUUCGUUCAUUCGUUUAUUCUUUUUACUUUUGCUUCCAUCAAAUUCCUUUCUUUCUUUCUUUCUUUCUUUCUUUCUUUCUUUCUUACGCUUCCGCACUCAUUCUUUCUUUCUUAUAUUCGUCUUCUCUUUCUUUUGUUUGAUCUCCUUCUCUCAUUUUUCGUUCAUUUUUAUAUGUUACUUUCUUUCCAUUUCAUCAAAUUUCUUUAUUUCCUUUGUUUUUUCUACGACUUUAUCUGCUUUUUUCUUUCUAUAUUUCUUUCUAACAAUUAAUUUCCUUUAUUUCUUAAUUUCCUCUAACCCACGCUGCUUUCUUUUUUCAUUCUUUCUUUCUUUCUUUCUUUUUUUCUUAUAUUCGCCUUAUCUAACAACUUUUUCUUUCUUUCUAUCUUUCAUUUUUCCUUCUCCCACUUCAUCUUCUUUCUUUAUUUUGAUUUACAUCUCGCUUCUUUCUGCCUAUAUUUCUUUCUUUCUUUAA